CCUAUAUAUAAGCUGCUUCUAUUUCUUGUUCCUCUUUCUCUUAAACCCUAGUACAGGGCCGCAGUUGUGCCCCCCCAAUUUCCAGUGAUUCAAUUUUCAAGAGGAAACAAUGGUUCAGUACAAUUUUAAGAAGAUCACCGUGGUCCCCAGCGGGAAGGACUUCAUUGAUAUCAUCCUUUCUCGGACUCAAAGGCAAACACCGACAGUUGUUCACAAGGGAUAUGCCAUUUCUCGACUUCGUCAGUUUUAUAUGCGUAAAGUCAAGUAUACCCAGACGAAUUUUCACGAGAAGCUUUCCGCAAUAGUUGAUGAGUUUCCUCGGCUGGAUGAUAUUCAUCCUUUCUAUGGUGAUCUCCUUCAUGUUCUUUACAACAAAGAUCAUUACAAGCUUGCCCUUGGCCAAGUUAACACUGCCAGGAAUCUCAUUAGUAAGAUCGCUAAGGAUUAUGUGAAAUUGUUGAAAUAUGGGGAUUCACUGUAUCGGUGUAAAUCGUUGAAGGUUGCUGCUCUUGGUCGGAUGUGUACUGUGAUUAAGAGGAUUGGUCCUAGUUUAGCUUAUCUGGAGCAAAUCAGACAACAUAUGGCCAGGCUGCCUUCGAUUGAUCCAAACACUCGAACUAUCUUAAUUUGUGGCUAUCCCAAUGUUGGCAAGAGCUCCUUCAUCAACAAGAUCACUAGGGCCGAUGUGGAUGUGCAGCCUUAUGCUUUCACCACUAAGUCGCUCUUUGUAGGUCAUACUGACUACAAGUACCUGAGAUACCAAGUGAUUGACACGCCUGGGAUUUUGGACCGACCUUUUGAAGAUCGUAAUAUUAUUGAGAUGUGCAGUAUCACAGCACUUGCACAUCUGCGAGCGGCUGUGCUGUUCUUCUUGGAUGUCUCAGGGUCAUGCGGCUACAGCGUUGCUCAACAAGCAGCUCUCUUCCAUAGUAUCAAGUCCCUUUUUAUGAACAAGCCCUUGAUCGUUGUCUGCAACAAGACAGAUUUAAUGCCGUUGGAAAAUAUAUCAGAGGAAGACAGGAAACUGGUCAUGGAGAUGAAAGCAGAAGCUAUGAAAACUGUGUUCGGUCAGGGAGGUGAACCUACAGAAGAUGAGGGUGUGCUUCUGACCAUGAGUGCAUUGACAGAGGAGGGGGUUAUUGCUGUGAAGAAUGCAGCUUGUGAGCGGUUACUGGAUCAGCGGGUGGAAUUGAAAAUGAAAUCCAAAAAGAUUAACGACUGCUUGAAUAGGUUCCAUGUUGCAAUACCAAAGUUGCGUGACCACAAAGAAAGGCCACCUUGUAUUCCUCAGGCAGUUUUGGAAGCUAAAGCGAAGCAAGCAGAAGAGGCAGCAGAGAAGGAGAAGAGAAAAACAGAAAAGGAACUGGAGGAUGAAAAUGGUGGUGCAGGUGUAUACUCCGCUAGUUUGAAGAAGCACUAUAUCUUAGCCCAUGAUGAAUGGAAAGAAGAUGUAAUGCCAGAAAUUCUUGAUGGCCAUAAUGUUUAUGACUUCAUUGAUCCUGAUAUCCUGCAAAGGCUCGAAGAGUUGGAAAAAGAAGAAGGCAUUCGGCAGGAAGAAGGAGAAGAUGAGGAUUUUGAAAUGGAUGGUGACGAGUUGACUCCAGAACAGAGAGAAAAUUUUGCUGCAAUCAGGAAAAAGAAAAACUUACUCAUUCAAGAGCAUAGAAUUAAGAAGAGCACGGCAGAGAGUCGGCCCACCGUGCCUAGGAAAUUUGAUAAGGAAAGGAAGUUCACUACAGAGAGAAUGGGCAGACAGCUCAGCUCUUUAGGGAUAGAUCCCUCUUUGGCAAUUAGUCGUGCCCGCAGCCGGUCAUUGUCAAGGGGCCGCAAAAGAGAGAGGUCUGUUGCCAAAGAUGGCGGUGAUGCAAUGGAUAUGGAUGUCGACCAACCAAAUAAGAAACAAAGACUAUCUAGAUCUCGAUCACGGUCUAAGUCACGGCCUCUAAAUGAGCUUGUUCCUGGAGAGGGUUUCAAGGAUACAGCUCAGAAAAUGAAAGGUAUUAAGCUUCAUAAGAAAUCUGCGAAAAAGAGGAAUAAGGAUGCUCGGAAGGGAGAAGCUGAUAGAGUUAUUCCUACUCUCAGGCCUAAGCACUUGUUUUCCGGGAAACGCUCCAUUGGAAAGACCGACAGACGUUGAUCACUUAAUAAGGGAGAUGUUCAAGUAUUACUUACUGAAGCGUAUUGAAUCGCAGACUGUCUUUGCUGCUUUAAUUUUGGUAGUGAUUGAAGGUUUUUGUAUUGAAUUUUUUAGUAUUGAUAUGAACAAUUUUGUACCAGAGUUUGAAUUGUUGUUUAAUGCUUUUAAUUAUUUAAGGUGAGUGGAGUAAAGAUGAUAUUUACAUGUUU